CCUUCGCCGGCUUCCAGCGCCGGGCUUGAAAUACUGCGCGGGGAAACGUUAAGGAACGCUGGGCCGCGUCCGGGACCGAGCUCUGCUCCCGGGGCCGUCCGGAGCAGCGCGGCGUCCCCUCGGCAGGAAAUUGAAACUGGGAGCCUGCAGCAAUGCCGUCGGGUCCUGUGAUCGUUUGCGGGAUCCCGGUGCUGAAACGGCGGCCUCUAACCUGCUAACGCGGCGGCCGGCGGGGCAGACCCUCACCCUUCGGAGGUGGCCGUGGGCACCCGGCGCCGGACUGCGGCUCCCUCAGGGGACCGCAGGGCAGUCACGACUUGAGCCCCGGGAGGAAUCGGUGCUGAAACCAUGGCGCUGUGCUGUGGCGGGUUUGGUCGAAACGGGUGGGGAGUUGUAGGAAGUAAUCCGGGCUGGUUUUAAACAGCAGCUGCUAAGUAUUACUGGAGUACUAGCGAAAAGUAAUUUGUAAGAAGAAGGAAGAGCUCGUAAUGGCUCGUUAGAAAACAAUCUUCAAGAAAACGUAGGCCCGGGGGGAGGAGGAAGCAGCAGCCUGGUCUCUGUUUUGCCCUCUCGCUGCCUGCGUGCCACCGAGGGAUGCCGGGUGGACACCAGAGCUUGCUUGGAUUUCUCUCCUUUGAUCCUGAUUCAGAAAAGCUAUGUUUUUCAGCAUGCGAGUGAGAGAUCGUGUACCAGACUUCUGACUCGGCGGAGGUGCUCAAUGUCGGAUCUGUAGGAAAAGAGCCCACGUUUGGGUGGUUGUUCUGAUACGGUGGAAUCCCAGAGAAGGGACUGGUGGGGUGCUGGGAGUCAUUACCUCCCAUGCCUGCUGGUGUAGAUAGCAAGGCUUUAUAGAGAGUACCGUGUUUUUCUUCGCUUAGUGAAAGCAACAAAUAAGUCUCUUGUAUAGUGUUAUAGGCAUUUCAGUGAUAAGAGUCAUUGUAAGGGGAGCCACACAUUGAUUCACAUGUCUUUAAAAAUGCAUCCCCCAGUGCAAUAAAGAUCUGGUUUGUCAAAUACUAUGACUGUCAACGUAGCUCUCUCACUCACACAAUACUGUUUGUCAUACCAGUGGGAGCUGCUUGUGGUUGUAAGUUGUGUCUGACAAGGCUCAUUGAGAUUUGGAAGGUGUGACCCAGAAGUUUUGUGUGGUUACAGGUUUAUAAAAGGACACAUGUAAGGCCUGGCUAAAAGCUCAAAUGUCUGUUGCAACAUGUAACACCUAUUGGGUAUUUUUUUGUAUGUUUCUGCUUCCUUUUUAGUUUUCAUUUCAGGUGGUGUAGUUACAGGCAGAGUGCAUAUUUUGGUUUGAAAUUGCUCGUUUUGCAGUAGACAAAUAUAAUUUGAUCCAACUACUGGGAGCAGGUUGCAAAAAGAUGAAUGCUUAAUUCCUCAGCAGAUGCAGGUCUGCUGUGCCCAAGUCGUUAUAUAUCUUUUCUGGGCAGUUUCCUUUGUGUCAGCAAAGGGGGGUAACUGAUAGUCUUCAGGAGAAUGUGUGUAGCCUGGGCAAUGGUAACUCACUUUCGGUGAAUCUCUUACCUAAUGUGAAUUUACUUUUGAUGGGUGGGCUGCUGUGCAUCUCCAGCAGAACUGGAGCUAGCAGCGUCACAUAGUCGAUGCAGUUUAAACCUGUUGUUUCAGGGAAGCUUGCUCGUGUGGCCAUGAAGCUUGCUCAUACGGGCAUUUCCCAUGCAUCUAUAAUGGGUUCUCUCUCCUGUAGAGAGACUACAUGGUAGAUGAUGGGUACCCACAGUGGUGUCAGGCUGAAAAUGUCUUGGCUGUAGCUCAGCCAGUCUCUGCAGAUGUUAGUUGACUGAGCUUAUGGUUUUUUCUUGUUCUUCUGCAGUGUAGAUGUGACCUUUUUCUUAGGGCAGUAUUCUGCAAUACAGUUUUUCUGUCUUCCUGAGAGAAGACAGCAGGCAGUGUAAAAUAUGACAGAAUAGAAAAGCUUGUUACCAGUUUUUAUUUUCCAUCCUGUGCUUAGCCAGUUGAAGCAAACUGGAUGGGAAUGAUGGUACCUGGAACAUCAUAUUUGACUUGUGCAUGUAACUAAUCUGAAACUCGAGGUUUGGUCAGAGAAAAUGAGAAGUUAAAGCUUUCCCAGUUAGAGCUGUGUGUUUCCUGGGUUGUGCAGACAAUAAGAAGAAAAGCCUGUAACUUGACUGGAACUGCAGUGCAGCAAGUCUGCCAGUAACACUUUACACAUUGUCCUUUUGAGAGGGAGUCCAAAAGAGCAAGCCAGCUUGCCUCUGCAGGCUAUGGGUGCCAAAGACCUCCUCAUAUAGCGGUAGUUCCCAUCUAGUGAGGUGCAAGGUGUUGCAGGCAAGGUGCAGCUAGGUACCGGCCCUUAAUUCCACAGGAGCACUGGCUCGCUAACUCCUUUUGCCUGCUUCUGGCUGUGCCCCCAGGGUGGGGGGUGCUUGGGAGUGCUUCUGGAGACUUUUAUCUGGGCUUAUAGCCCUGUAUCUCUUCACCCCACCAGGUUAUGAGGUGCCCAUACAGAACUGGUGCUCAUACGGGAGAAGGAGUGCAAGGAGAAAAUAAUAAAAAAAAAAAGCAGAAGAUAGGGAUGGGAAAGUAAGGAAAUGAGAAGAAAGGCUAUGGCAGCAGAGUUGAGCUAGAAAAAUGUUGGGAAUCGCUGUUCCAGCAGGUGUAAUAGCAAGUAAAACAAGGACACAGAAAACUCAGUGUUAAUACCCUUGGAUAAGAGAGGAAUGUUGAAUAGGAGGAAGUGCAAGGCCCUUGUUGAUGUUUUUGCUGCUAGACCUGUGGUGGAUGGUGGUGGUGGAUGGCGUGUUUGUGAAGUUCAGCCGUGAGUUUUGCAAUAAUGCAGAACUCUCAGGUGCAACCAAUCUUAAAUGUGGUGCAGCAUGCAGAAGUUAAAACAAAUGGGCUCAAGUUGAAACACUAAGAGUGAACAAGGGCAGUGUGAAGUACUAUGCUAUUUAAAACAAAAAGUCAGACAAUGAAACAUAUGUGGUCCUAGUGGUUAGGCAGUAGUACAAUGCAGUAGAUACAGAGAAGGCUAGAGCAGGCAAUAAAGGGAGAUAGUAAUGUGAUAUGCAUCUUUGUUCUUUGCAGUAACUACUUGAAUUACUGAUGUCCAAUACAGCAUAGAAUAGAUAAGCAAUAUACUAUGUGUUGCACUUAGCCUGGUCUCCAACUCUCAGUAUUUUGAAGGAUAACAAAAUGAAUGUUUACACAUAGAAACUGUAUUUUUUACGGAGACAGUGAUCCCUUGUGCUUGCUAAUACAACAGUGGGCAAACCAAGAAAUAGUUUGUCACAUCAGGAGUUCUUUACUACAUUUCAAAAGCUUUAACAUGCAGCAACUUUGAACCUGAAGGUUUUUCUAGUUCUCUGAAGUAGGAACACAGGUUUCUUCUAGGCUAACUCUUGACAUCACGAAGGUGGAUCCUUUUCAGGAUAGAGGUGAUAAUUUUUUGGUCCCUGUUUUAUUAGUGAGCUAUUUUAAUGUAUUCCCUCUGUAUUUGUUGUAUUUGGUUUAGGUACAUCCUUAGGUGUAGUAUUUAGAUUUAAAAUCUAAAUGCCUACAGCCUUCAUACCUCUAUCUUUGCUACCCCUACAUGGUAGGGAAGAAGUGUGGGCUGCAAGGCAGGGAAUAAAAUAGAGAGAGUCUGACUGACUUAUUCAUGCUUGUGAAGGUGGUGGCUGUAGCAGGAGCAGGUGAGAGCUGAAUCAUAUGUUAGACCAUCUGAGUGAAGGGUAUAUCUGAUAGUUAAAGUGGUCUUUCUGCCUUGAAAGAUAAUCUGAGUAUUAUUUUAGACUGGGAUGGUUCUGCCAGCUUCUUACUAUGGUUAAAACUUUAAGAUGCAACUCUUUUCUGCUUGUCUGGAAAAUACAUUCCUUAUGCCAUGAAAGCAGUGUUGUUUUUAAAAUAGAUGCUAAAAAUAAUACCAGUUGUAUAGACCAACCUUCCCUCUUUAAUUUUUGUCUGUCUUUUUUUUUAAAAAAAAAAGUUGAUACAGGGCAAAUUCAGAAUUUAAAUUCCCUUAAUCCACUGGUUUGCUGCUUUAAAUCCUGAGUCAGCAUCAAAAUUGCAACUCUGUCUAGAAGACCAGGACAGCUUCUCCUGUUUUGUCUUUCAUAAGGCUGUCUAUUCAGGAUAACGACAAUGCUGUGGGAAAGCAUGACACCCCCAUUUGUUUUUUUUGUUUCCCAGUGUAUUCCCUUUGCAAGACUGCUUUUUCCUUCCGAUGCUUACUCCAGAUAGGUGGGAAUGCCACAGAGCUGGUUUGUAUUUAUGUGUUCAGGAUUAAUAUUUCUCUUUUUAUAUAGUUUAAGUAACUUGUGUGUAUUUAGUCUAUUGGGAAACCGUAAAAUUGAAGUGACAGAAUUUGUCUGUUGCCCUUGCAGCUCCGAUAGUUAAAAAAAAUAUCAUAAGUUGUUUUGUAAUGGUUCAUACUUAAUUACAGUUCUAUAAAGUACCUUCCAUCUCUCUUCAAAAGCUUAUUAAGAUCACUAACUUUGUGAUCAGACCAAGUCAAAUCCAAGUCUGAUCUUAGUCUCUUGCCCUUGUUCCUUGUGUCCUGUUCCUAGAUGUUGCCCUGAUUUUGUCACUCAUCCAUAGAGGCCCAGUGUUUAUGUACCUUGGACAGUAACUACAUUGUCUCCUGUGCUCAGGCUAGCAGCUGACAGGCCUUGUAGGUGGGGGUGCAAUCACCAGGUAACUCGGACUCUCAGAUGCAAGUAUGGACAUAAUAGCCUAUGAUGAUUACUCCAGUCCACCGCUUCAGAGAUAUUGAAAGGAAACCUGAAUACCUCCAGCCAGAAAAGUGUGUUCCACCUCCUAGCCGCACUUCCCUGGGAACAAUGUGGUUUAUUCGAGAUGGCUGUGGUAUUGCAUGUGCUGUCGUUACCUGGAUGCUGGUGUUCUAUGCCGACUUUGUAGUCCUUCUUGUCAUGCUAGUUCCAUCAAGAGAUUAUGUUUAUAGUGUCAUCAAUGGCACACUGUUCAACACCUUGGCUUUCCUCGCUUUGGCUUCACAUUUUCGUGCUAUGCUGACAGAUCCAGGUGCUGUACCCAAAGGUAAUGCCACAAAGGAGUUCAUCGAGAGUUUACAGCUAAAGCCAGGACAGGUGGUUUACAAGUGCCCAAAGUGUUGUAGCAUCAAACCUGACAGAGCACAUCACUGCAGUGUUUGCAAGAGAUGUAUUCGGAAAAUGGACCAUCACUGCCCAUGGGUCAAUAACUGUGUAGGAGAGAAUAACCAGAAGUACUUUGUACUGUUUACAAUGUAUAUAGCACUGAUUUCUCUGCAUGCUCUAAUCAUGGUGGGAUUUCACUUCUUGUAUUGCUUUGAAGAAGACUGGACAAAAUGCAGUUCCUUCUCUCCACCAACUACAGUGAUUCUUCUCAUCCUCUUGUGUUUCGAGGCUCUCCUAUUUCUCAUCUUCACCUCAGUUAUGUUUGGGACCCAAGUACACUCUAUCUGCACUGAUGAAACGGGUAUUGAGCGUCUUAAAAAUCAGAAGCCAACCUGGCAGAAGGUCAGCGGCUGGGAAGGAAUGAAGCUGGCAUUCGGUGGUGCCUUCUCCUUGAGUUGGUUCAACCCUUUUUCGAACCUGAACUGCAAGAGCCCAGCGCCCUCUGAAGUGGUGGCAGCAGCUCCUGCAUCUGCAAUAAUGACCCAAGAAGAAAUUGAGCAGUUUCUCGCUCGAGACGUUUCCAUCCAAAUGUUACAGGAAUAAGCAAAAGAUCCUCCAUGGUGUCAGGAGAAGCUUUCAGUUCUGGGUUGUUUUUUUUUUAAUAACUACUUGUGCUGGAGAUCUAAGGGGUUGUUUUUUAACAUACUUUUGGUGCAUUAAAAAAUUCAGGAGUAUUUAUCUGGAAGCCAGGUACAGCACUAGCAGAAGCAAUGCAAAUCUCCAGAGAAAGCUGUGUAAGUGAUGAGAUUCAUAAGCUCCUUUUUGGACCUGCAUCAGCUGCUUUACUGAGCUUUUCUUACUUGGCCUUUAAGGAAAGUUAAUAGUCAUCAGAUCGGUUGAUCCCAGCUCCCAGAAAUGUGCAGUCCUAAGGAGUCUGGUGAAUCUUUUGUUCUUAGCAGCCUUUGGGGAGGCCAAAUUAGCCCAGCUCUAAAGGUUUUCUUGAAAAACACAUCCUUUUUAGCUUAUCCCAUGGAUGCUGCCUCUGGAUUAUGAAAGCUGCUGGUGCUGAGGUCUUAGCAGAGGUGGGAUACAGGGUUAUGGCCACAGCAGAUAAGCGAGCUCACCCUGCGUGUAAUUCCUUUGGGCUCUGAAAUAUCUCCAGGGGUAAAUUUUAACCCUCUGUGCUCAUGGGGCUGCCCAAGACUGGUGGGGCUUGCCUGAGCAGCAUUGGAGCCAGUGGGCUGGUGGUGGUGCUGGGCUGGCAGGAGCGUUCGCCUGUGGCCAGUGUAGCUGAGAGCAGACAAGUGUUGGUUGGGUUGUCGAGCUGCUGGUGAGGGGAAGCUUUUGCCAUGGGGCUGCGAUUCAUUAGCACCUAGGAGGUGUGGAGCAGGAGCUUCCUGGCUGAACUAUGCAGCUGGUCUAGGCCAGGCACCGGGGCUGUUUCUGCAGUGAAAGAAGAGAGGGAGACGUGAGCACCCUGCUGAUGGAGGUACUGGCUCUGUCCAUUUGACUUGUCUAAUUUAGAUGUGUUACUUUUUUUCUUUUCUUGGUAGCUAGAAUUAGUUGAGAAUGAGUAAUGCCUCGUAAUCUUAUUGGGGUUUAAUGUACUACUAGUACUUGCCAUUAUGUGGUGUUUCCUUACACUAAUUUUUCAGCCAGCUUCUGGUGAACGUUGGUGAACAAGUAGAAGGAACAUGCAUCGCUCAAGGAAGGUGUCACUGCAGGUGGCAAUAGUUGCAGUAAAAUCAUGCAGAGGUGACAUUAACCACUGCAUUCAAAUAUGCUACAAACAUUUGACAUGUUCCAGAUGUCAGUGUAGUUUUGAUUUAGACUGUUUGUCAAUUGCUUUUUUUUUAAUUUCCCAUUGUCUCCAUUAGCUUAAUUGUCAGUAAAUUGUGGAGGAUAUUAGAGACAUGCCUCUGAUUUUCCCCCCACAGAACAUGCUUGACAUUAUCUCCCCCUCCUGUGUAACACGGACCAAAGAUAAUUGCUUCCUCUUGAAAGUAGGAAAGGAAUUUGGGGAAUGAAAGCAUGGUAUUGUGGAAGAACUAUAUGAAGUUUUUGUUAGUUAUAGCAGCAGUACCAAAUGGAAUUUGUGCAAGAUUUUUUCUUUUUUUUCCCCCCGAAAAGCAUUUUAAUAUGUAUUAAUGGUAUGACAUUCAGGGCUACUGUGGAAGGAUGAGAUUCUCUCCCAGACUUGGCCUCUGCCACAGCAGUCCCUUUUUCUGGCAAAGGGACUGGGAACAAAUGGGAGUGCCGUGACUGUUGGAAGCACAGCGUGGCUAAAACCCAGGGGGUAUUUCCAAACAGUCAUCCCAUCCUCUAUCCGCUCUGGAUGUCUCCUCUUUGUCAAUGCAAAACAGAUAUAGAAAAAAUCAUUAGGAACUGUGUAUUUAUACAAACCUUUUAGGUAAAGGGAAAUACCCUGCAUCUGGGGGGAAUUGAGGUGUCAUCUCAUGUCAUUUAGACAUGAGGUCUUGAAUGUCUUUGCCCUGCGCAGCAGUGUGAUAGUGAGGGAGGAAGCUCUUCAACUUCUGCACCAGCCUACAUUCCUCUUUGUCAGCGUUCCACAGAAAAGGGACUUGAGGGACAUACAGACAUACAGUAAGGGAUUUCCUAUAGGGAGCAAUAGGGAUGUUGAAGGAGGACAAAUAAGAGUGCCCUUUUUAGCUCUUAUUUUCUAAGUUUGGCUUGCUGCUUGGCCUCUACAUCCAGUUAACAUCCCUGCCUCUGUGCUGUGUCUGCAGUGGGAAUGGUGCUACAGCGUCCUGGAGGCACAAAGUAGUUAAUGGCUGAAAAUCACCUUGAGGCAGGAACAUGGGGACAUCGGCUUGGGAGAGACCCCCUUUGUGCUGCCUUUUGGUGAUGCUUCUCAGGGCAUGGACCCCACUUACGUGGUUUUGGUUGGGCACGGACAGAGUGAGUAUAUUUCCUCCUUCACUCUCAAAGCUGAUUCACCUUAUCAUGAGAACAGGCGUCCUUUGCUUCUGUUUCCCACCUCUCAUGUUGUUCCUCAGGUGCUGGAAUUUCUAAGUUUGGGGGGUUUUUUAAUAGCUUAAUCAGAAGAGCAGUGUGAAGAGGGCAAUGAGAGUUAGGAGUCGUCUCCCCUCCUCCCACAGUGUGGUUAUGGUCUGAGUGAGAGACGGGGACAUGUCCCUGUGCCUUACACAGCUGUGGGCAGCCAACCCAACCCUGACUCUGGUACCCUCCAAGACCUGGUGGGGUGAUCUCCUACAUCCAGCAAAUCAGUUCUUCUGGUAUCUCCUAGCUGUCAGUCUCCCUCAUCCCCCUCUUCUUCCUCCCCCCCUCAAAGUCCCAGUACCCCUUGGUACUCCUCUCUGUCUCAGUAUAGCGUGGCAACUAUCGGAAAUUGCAGGAGUCUUCACAAGUCAGAAAAAAUCUGUUUUAUCCACAGCUCUAGUAUAAACCUCCUUCUUUAAUGACUACCUGGUAGCUUGAGACCAAAUGGGAUUUUCAUUAAAUUGAAACCAAACCCACUGUUUUCCUUCACUCCACACACUCCUUGCCCCUUGUUAAAUUGUGCCUUCAUCUUCAGGUCAUGCUGCUGUGGUCCUGGCCAGCUCACCAGGCCCCAGGGAAGAUGCUCCUUGAGAGCACGCUUGUGGUGCCACAAAUGCGGCGGGCUGGGGAGGGUGCUCCCCCCGCACUGCUCAGUGUGACGUGGUCUGCUAGAGAUCCCAUCCCUGCUCCGGCCUGAGGUGUUAAUACAUGAUGGACAGGGUCAUGGCAGACAUGGAAAGUGUACUUGUACUUCUUAUCUGGUGUCUUCUACAGCAGGUUUUCUAUGCAAGUAAAGAGUUUACUUCUGUUGUAAAUAUAUAUAUUUUGCUGUUUGUAAUUCCUUUUUAUGCCUCCAGUCGCUAUUGUACUUAUUAAAGAACUAAUACUUCAUCUCCAAGGACCACCUGCUCCUCCCUUCCCCACAGGCCCCACACACGGACCCUGCACCUUGUGGAACGGGGCUCCCGCUCCCUGUCCUGCCACCACAGGAGGUGGCCUUGCAGGAACUCAGUGCUGCCAUGGGGUGCCGGGACCUGAUGGGCAGAGGGGCGGCAGGGGCUGGGGCAGCCUGACCACCUCUCGUGGCCAAACAGCCGCCUAGACACUCCUCUGGGGGUUCCCCAAAUCUUUGAAACACAAGGGAGUGGUCAAGACCUUUCUUCCUCUUCCUUUCCUUCCUCCUCAUUUUUUAUGGGCUGGCACAUAACCAGAUGCAGUCGCCGUUUCUUUUUUCCUCUCUACGGCCCUAAUGCUUGAGUAUUUACCUUUCAAAUAAACAA